UGAUGCUGAGCCUGGCGAGUGAGUUGGCCUCUGAGUCCAUCACCAUCAGUGGCGGGGGCCUCCCCGUCGAUGGGCGCCGGCUCCCCAUGGAGUUGCACAUUGUCCACAUCAACGUCAAGUACCGGACCAUGGCGGAGGCCAAGGGGCACCCCAGUGGGCUGGCUGUCCUCGGCUUCUUCUUCCAGAUCUCUGAAACCCCUAACACCAACUACAACACCAUUGUGGUGGGGCUGAGGAACAUCUCCCAGGCUGGGACCUCCGUGGAUUUGGCCUCUACCUUCCGCCUGAGCACCUUGCUGCCGCCUGCUGCUCGCCUCUCCGGGUACUACCGCUACCAGGGCUCCCUCACCACCCCCGACUGCAGCGAGGGCGUUACCUGGACCAUCUUCGAGGAGCCAGUGGAGAUCGGCCGGGAGCAG